AUACUUUGUUGUAAAAGAGUUUUGACAUGACGAUCCACGAAAUAAGUAUAUUAAUUAUGUUAUUUGUGAUUGUUGGGAGUGAAAGAGCAGGGUGCUUGAAGUUGUUACUCUGAUUGCGAAGAAGGGAAGAAGGAAAUGGGUGACAAUGAUUCGUUCUCCGAAUUCCUGGCUUCUGCAAUCGACGCCGCUCGCAAGGCUGGCGAGAUUAUUCGGAAAGGUUUCUAUGAGACGAAGCAAGUGCAACACAAAGGACAGGUUUCCAUUCUCAACUGUAAGUAAACAACCACUAAAGAGUAAAGACAUAAUUAUUUAUUGGAAUGCACAGGUUGAUUUGGUCACUGAAACUGAUAAAGCAUGUGAAGACCUCAUAUUUAAUCAUCUCAAGCAACUUUACCCCUCUCACAAGUUCAUUGGGGAAGAAACCACAGCUGCUGGUGCCAAUGCACAACUUACGGAUGAACCCACAUGGAUAGUUGAUCCUCUCGAUGGAACUACUAAUUUUGUGCAUGGGUUCCCUUUUGUUUGUGUCUCCAUCGGUCUCACAAUUGGAAAAAUUCCUACAGUUGGCGUUGUUUACAAUCCAAUAAUUAAUGAGCUUUUCACUGGAAUUCGUGGGAAAGGUGCUUUUCUGAAUGGGAACCCUAUAAAAGUAUCGUCACAAACUGAACUAAUGAGUGCUCUUCUUGUAACUGAGGUGGGAACAAAACGUGACAAAUCAACAUUAGAUGCCUGCACAAACAGGAUUAAUAGCUUGCUUUUCAAGGUGAGAUCUCUUAGAAUGACUGGCUCCUGUGCUUUAAACCUUUGCGGAAUUGCAUGUGGAAGGCUGGAUGUAUGCUUUGAACUAGGCUUUGGAGGUCCUUGGGAUGUGGCAGGCGGUGCUGUCAUUGUUAGAGAAGCUGGAGGUGUUAUAUUUGAUCCGUCGGGUGCAGAUUUUGACAUCACAUCCCAGCGAGUAGCAGCUUCCAACCCUUUCCUGAAGGAUGCCCUUCUUGAUGUUCUGCGCCAAACCGUGUAAGAAACCUGCUAUUAAUCGAUGACAAGGAGAAAUUGAAUCAGCCUUUGUGUGGGGUGCAUGAUUUCAAUUAUUUUUCUAAUUCUCUUGUCACCUAUCCGAAAUAUUAGUAUUCUAUUCUCUAAUUUUUAUUUUCUUUUCAAAAGGUUCACAUAGUUAACAAUGCAACUUGCUUUAAAAUAAUUCCAUGGCGUAGCCAAGAAACUUUCAACA